GCCGGGAAAAGUUCCGGGAAGGUGGGCCGCCCGCCCAGACCGGGCGCGGAAGUUGCCGGCGUCCGCGUGCCCUCCCGUCCAGGCCCGCAGCCAUGUCGUCGGGGGACGGGGGGUCGGCCGGGCGGGACGGGGCCCCGCGCGCGGCUGCCGCGCUCUGCGGCCUGUACCACGAGGCCGGGCAGCGGCUGAGGCGCCUGCAGGACCAGCUGGCCGCCCGAGACGCCCUCAUAGCGCGCCUCCGCGCCCGCCUGGCCGCGCUCGAGGGGGACGCGGCGCCGUCGCUCGUGGACGCGCUGCUGGAGCAGGUGGCGCGCUUCCGGGAGCAGCUCCGGCAGCAGGAGGGCGGCGCCGCCGAGGCCGCGCUGCGCCAGGAAAUCGAGAGACUUUCUGAACAACUGGAAGAGAAAGAGAGAGAGACACAGCAGCUGAUGAGCCAGCCGGAGCACGAGCGAGAGAAGGAAGUUGCCCUGCUGCGGAGGAGCGUGGCGGAGAAGGAGCGGGCCCGGGUUGCGAGCGACGUUCUGUGCCGCUCCUUGGCCGACGAGACCCAUCAGCUGCGGAGGACUCUGGCGGCCACUGCCCACAUGUGCCAGCAUCUGGCCAAGUGUCUGGAUGAACGGCAGCGCGCACAGGGGAAUGCAGGGGAGAAACGCCCUGAGUCAGAGUGUACAGGCGGGGAUGCCUCUGUCCAGGCUGUUAUUGAGAAGUUACAGGAAGAAAAUCGACUGUUAAAACAGAAGGUGACUCAUGUAGAAGACCUCAACGCCAAGUGGCAGCGCUAUGACGCCAGCAGGGAUGAGUACGUGAGGGGGCUCCACGCACAGCUGAGGGGGCUGCAGUCCCCCAUCGAGGCCGAGAGAUCCUCCCCUCCCGAGUUGAUGAGGAAGGAGAUUUCCCGGCUCAACAGACAGGUGGAGGAGAAAAUGAACGAUUGUGCAGAAGUGAGGCAGGAGCUGGCGGCUGUGAGAAGGGCCCGGGACGCGGCGCUGGAGCGGGUGCAGAUGCUGGAGCAGCAGAUUCUCGCUUACAAGGAUGACUUCACAUCAGAAAGGGCAGAUCGGGAACGGGCUCAAAGCAGGAUUCACGAACUCGAGGAAAAGGUGGCGUCCCUGCAGCACCAGGCCUCCUGGAGACAGGACUCCCGAGACCCAGGCUCCUGCCGGAUUCACCCUGGGAGCAGAAUACCCAAGGACUUAGAAGCCAAUGCUUUGCAGCUUGUGGUGCCCAGUGACCGGAGGCCUGGGACUGGAUCCCAGUGGCUGGAACGCCCUGGAGCAACCCAGAGAGGCCAGGGGGACCUUCAGUGUCCUCACUGCCUACAGUGCUUCAGUGACGAGCAGGGCGAGGAGCUCUUCAGGCAUGUGGCUGAGUGCUGCCAGUGAGCCCCGAGGCUGGGACCGCCUGUGCCCGCGUGGCUUCUGAGGGAGCCUGGCCCUGGGGGACAGAGGGGGUGCUUUCAGCAUGUAACACUGAGAUCCCCCUUGAUCCUGGCCCCCAGAACAGGCUGGGGGCAUCCUUAACAGAACAGGACAGAGGGAACUUCCAGCAGGGCUGGAGGCAGAAAUGGGGGUUGAGAGCAUCUGCACACAGGAGGGCCCAGCUUUGCUUCUGGUAUGCAGUUUGGAGCCCCAGGCUGUUGGGCCAAGGCCGGGAGCAAUCUAGUGUGGGAAUACUUACGGGUCAACAUGACAGCCCUGACCAGCCUGCACCUGGGGAUGCUGCAGCUUGCUGGAAAGAGGUGCUGCCCACAGGAACCACUUGUGGGGUCCCCAGGGUGGAAGCCCCACCUCAUUCUGUAGAGUAAGGUGCCUCUCCCUGUGGACCAGGAGGUUUGUAGAACUGAGCACUGCAGCUGCACAUUUCAUCUGGGGGCCUGUCUCAGCACAGAGCCAUGUGUCUGCACUGAACUAUGUUGCAUUGCAAUAGUGUUUGUCAUGUAUCCAGAAGUUAAAGCACAAUUUAUUUCACAUUUAGUUAUUUUUAUAAUAAAUGCACUUGCUACA